UCAACCAUUCACGAGAAAAAAUUACAGGAGUUAUCGUUCCAGUUGUUGUUACAGUUCGGUUGUUAGGUCCCAGGCUUCUGUGCGAGGUCAAAGUAAUAUGGCGGCUAAUGUUUAUGUUGUGAUUUUUGUUUCAUUGUUUUAGGGCGAAUUUCUCUUUUGAGAUGAUAAUUAAUGGUUGAAUUUUUCCAUGGAUGAGUAUUUAAAGUCUGGGACUUUGAAUUUCAAGCCAAGGCGGAUCAAAAAUCAAAAUAUUGUGUGGAAAUUACAUCAAAGAGCGACCGGAGCUCUCAGACCACCAGGUACUCAAGUUCAUCAGGCAAGAUCUUUUAACCAAAAUAUUUUCCCUAACUUCACUAUUGUUAAUGUCGAAAAACCCCCUUGUUAUCUACGAAAGUUUUCCCCAGAUGGAAGACACUUUGUUGCAUUUUCGCUCGAUCAACAUUCCUUGGAAAUUUAUGAAUUCCAAGGAGCAAGCGCUGCAGGCGAAAUGUUGGCUGCACAACGUAUUGACUCUGCUUACUUUCGCAGUAACUUGUUUCAAAAAUUCUUUCGGUUGCGUGCGGUCACUACUAUUGCGCCAAACAAUGAGCAUCUCAAUCGUGAAUGUAGUCUGUUUACAGAUGAUGGCCGAUAUGUCAUUGUUUGUAGUGCAUUUCAACUGCCCGAGGAUCCGCAUCCAUUUUUUUAUGAUGUGUAUCGAAAUAACGAAUCGGUGACACCCCAUCCCCAGCGAUGUGCUCUAGAAGACUAUACAUUGCACUUGAUAGAUCUAUAUACUGGUACACUGUCCGACUCUCGGUCAUUCAAAUGUGAUAAGAUAUUUUUGUCGCACAAUCAAGGCUUAUACUUGUAUAAAGACCUUUUAGCCGUCUUAUCUGUUCAACAUCAGACGAUACAUAUUUUCCAAGUAACCUCUGACGGUCAGUUCAUUGAUGUCAGGACCAUUGGUCGUUUUUGCAAUGAGGAUGACGAGAUGAUGGUGGCCAUGGUCAGGUUGCAGGACAACCGCCCCGUCAGACCGUACAACGAGAAAUGCAUAAAUGGCUUGAAGCAUCGUUUGCUUGUCUUUUUGUGGCGAAGAGCUCGGAGUAUCGGCACUCCUUUAGCAAUAAGACGAUUUUAUCAGCAUUUUGAUCUCUUUCGGAAUUUGAAAAUGUGGAAAAUGCAACUGCUCGAUGAAGAUCAUAUGUUCAUCAAAUACGCCAGUGAGGACGUCGUCACGCUUCGUGCAAACGAUCCCAAUUCGCAGCCUUCUUUUUUCGUCAUCUACGACAUGAAGAGCACGAAGAUUGUUGCGGUGUAUGAAAACACGUCCGAGGAAUUGUUAGACUUAUUCGAGCAGUUUUGUGAUCAUUUUAGAAAUGCAAUGCUACACAAUAUAGCUCAGUUCACGUGCUCUGCGUCUAGUAACAUCCACGCUCGGCAGAUUCUCAGAAGAUUCAAACACACGAUCAUCAAUGCCAAAUAUGGUGGGCAGACGGAGGCAGUGAAGCGCCUCUUGGCGCAACUACCAAUCAGUUCUCAGUCUUACAGCAGUAGCCCGUAUCUUGAUCUCUCCUUAUUUAGCUACGAUGACAAGUGGGUGUCGGUAAUGGAGAGACCGAAGGCCUGUGGAGAUCAUCCGAUCAGAUUCUAUUCCCGUGAAUCAGGUUUACUUAAGUUCAAGAUACAUGCAGGAUUUCUGGGUCGGCCUUCUCCUCCCUCUGCAAGACGUCUUGUAGCCUUCACCUUUCAUCCUUUCGCUCCAUUUGGCAUCUCAGUACAGCGAACUAACGCCGAAUAUGUUGUAAACUUUCACAUCAGACACCAUGACGGCUCAAAGGAGCAUAUGUGAAAGUCCUCGUAUGUGGCGUAGUUUACCAUUCAAGGUGGGAUCGAAAUAGAUCGUGAUGGAUUUUUGAUAGCAAUAUAUUUCCACUGGUUUUUGACUCUUACUUGCCAAACUGAGAAUGGGAAAGUAUCUGCAAGCUCUCUCUAUUUGAUUGCCAUUAAGUCAUGUCAUGUUUGGCAUUGUGAAUGAAGAAUUUUAUGUCGCUUCUACGGAAAUCAUUUGAUCUGUAUAUUUUAUGUAUUUUUCUCACUUUUUACAAUUACUGUUAAUUUAUAUAGAUAAUGUAUUUAUUCAAGGCAGCCUGGAAACUAUGUGGCUUUAUUCAUCAAAUAUCUGUGUUGCUAUAGUAAGUUAAAAUAUUUAUGUAAAUUUGUCGACGUUUUGA